AUGGUUCUCUUAUUCACCGCCUCGUAUUUCGUCUUCUUCCGUAUGCUUCUCUCUGCUGCCGACAUUCGCCUUUCUCCCCGUUCUUUCAUCGCUAUCCCUUGUCAUCCUGCGACAGCGUGCUGUCGCAUAGGCGACGAGUCGUACUUCUUCGCGCGUCGCAGUCACAAGUACGGCCAUUCACGCCGCACCAACCGCUGCACCACCCGCGGCUACUGGAAGGCCACCGGUAACGACCGCACCUUGCCGCUCCCGCCCGUUACCGCCGCGGUCCCCGCGACGACCGCCGAUACAGCAGGCGGGGAGAGGGCGGGGGAGGGGGAGCAUACGGCGGAAGCGCAGGGGCAGGGGCAGGAGCAGGAGCAGUAUUGGGUGCCGAUGUUACAGCUAAGGGAGGGUGUGAGUGUUGUUGGGAUGAAAAAGACGUUGGUGUUUUACGAGGGAAGGGCGCCACGUGGCAAGCGCACCGACUGGGUGAUGCACGAGUACCGGCUGGAACAGCGGAACAGCAAUGCCAUGGCCGCCAACGGCGGUGGCGGCGGUUCCGGCAUCGGCUCUGGAAGGAAGCCAGUGGGCUCUCUGGUUCUGUGUCGUGUGGUCUACAAGGGCGCUCAGCCUCCAUCCGAUCCCGCCAUCGCCGACGCAACGCAGCUUAACGCAACCACCACAGCCGCGCAAACCGCCGCGCCUCCCGCUUCCGCCGUUGGUGGCGCGGAGUACCGGCGUCUGGAGGGGGAGGGGGAGGGGGAGGACGCGCAGGAGAGCGACGAGGAGACGGCGGAGGAGGGGGCGGGGGCAGGGUAUGCAAGCAAGGAUGGAGUCGGAGUGAAGGUGGAGUGCGUUACAGAUGGGUUGCAGGGGCAGCAACAGGCAGAACAGCACCAGCAGCAGCAGCAGCAGCAGCAGGGUCAGGACUUGUUGCCGUGGCUUGAGGAUCUGAAGCUGUUAUGGGAGGUGGAGGCAGCGGAGGACGCGGCAGCAACAGAACUUGUUCCUGCAGCAGCCGGUGACACCGCUUCUGCAGGUGCUGCAGGCGCAACGAAUGCCGGCGGUGGUGGCUCACAAGCAGUCUGUGUUGCUGCAGAGCCGCCAUGUCCGGUGGGAUCUCUUCUGGGUGAUCCCGCUCUUGUGAAACCCAUCUCUCCUGCUGCUGGAGCUCCUGCUCAUGCGCAAGGGCGCGGAGAGGGGGAAUGGGAGGAGGAGAGGGGAGGUGAUACUGGUACAGAGCUGACAACAGCCGGCAGCACCUGCGCCAGUGUUCCUGCUGCUGCGGCUGCUGCUGUUCCGUCGACUGGACAUGUCAACCUUGCCGCCUCCUCCGCCAAGAGUGCACCUGCAUCUGCAUCCGCAGCAGCGGCCGCAGCAGCAGCAGCAGCAGCUAUUCCGCCGCUGCCUCCGCUGAACAUUCUAGAAUCUCUGCCCAGCCUCAUGUUCGGAUCGGAUGACAUAGGCAAGAUGCUCCAAGCAGUGGAUGGCUCUAUCAUGAACCCAUACGAGGGCCUGGAAAUUGAUGGGCUGUGGCUGGCAGGGCCGUCCCCUCUUGACGGGGAACACUUCGCACCACCUUCUGCUGGCCCUGGUGCUGGUGGUGUUGGUGGUGGUGCUUCUGCUGCUGGUGGUGGUGGUUUUGGCGGUGGUGGUGGAGGCGGUUGGGAGCAGAGUGGCAGGGAUCCUAACGUUGAUGCUGCGGUGGCGGCUGCAGCAGCGGCAGCUGCGGCGUCAGGGUUUGCAGUUGAGGACGUGAUUAGGGGAUGGACGGAGGAGCUUGAGAGAAUUGUGAAGCAGGAAGCGCCUUCUAAACGGCGUCGGUGCCAGGCUGCUGCUCUAGCUGCGGCUCUUGCAGGUCAAGGGAAUGCGGCUGCUGCGCUUGCAGGGAAAGCAGCGGUGGAAGCAGAGGAUCAUCAGGAGGAUUCAGAGAGCGAGGAUGGGGUUGGGAGUGGGCGAGAGACGUUUUUGGGGGGGUCGGGUGAGGAGAGUGGGGAGAGCGAUGGUUUGGAGUUGGACCGGGGGCGGGGUGGGGUGGGAGGGGUUGGUAAGGCUGUUGGGGCUUCAAGCAGCAGUACCUGCAGCAGCUCUGAGGCUGAUGUGUUGAAGAUGCAACAGGCGAAUGCACGGAGGCUAGCGGUGUUAGUGGCACAGAAAUGCACGGUCUCGGCAUCGCAUGAAAGGAGGACAAGCCCUAGGGGUUAUGGGAGGGAAGAUGUGGUCACUGGUGUGGAGGAGAGUGAGGAAAUAGUGGAGCAGGAGGAUCGUGCUGCAGAAUCGUCUGGUAUGGCAACUCCUGAAGAUGGGGAUCAGACGUCGGAGGCUCUUUCGUCAGAGCAGGCCUCAAAGAAUAAUAUCUGUGUCGCCCUUCGUCAGAUUGUGCUGCAGAAGGGCCGGCCUAUGCUUGUGGUGCCGCCAAAGGGCCGGCUCCAGUGA